CGCACACACGCAACUGGAGAGGGAGAAGGAUCGAGGCGCAGCGUGGUGUGAGUGUGCGUGUGUUUGGACGGAGAGGGUUGGCGUCUGGCAAUGGACACCUACAGACCACACGUCGUGUUGAUUAUACUAAUAUUAUGUUCGGAUUGUUGCCUGCCUUCGCAAUUUCCAACACAACUCAUGAUAAAGGAAUGGGUGGAUCAGAUGCAGCUAGAGCUGGUGACUUUGGCAGAUACCGCCAGCGCCGGGAAGAGCCUCUCACAGAUCUUCCUGGCCAACCAGAACCUGUACACAGUUCAGUCUAAUGACGCAGAGGAGCUAGUGGACCGGGCAGCCAGGAACAUAGAACAGCUGCUACUGAAGAGGGCUGCUGCUCUGAAGACUCUGGCCACGGCUGCUGAGAACUUCCAGAUGGAACACCAGUGGAAGGAUGAGUAUGCGGAUGGGGACAUUGUUUACUACAAUGCAAAAGACAAUUUGGAGGUGAAUGAAACAGAGGGUAGGAAGAACCGGAUCAGACCAGCCUUUAAGGAAGACCCAUUGUUUAAACGCCUUACCUCUCAUAACCACACUGCUGUACAUAUCCCUACUGACAUCUACGAUGGCUCCACUAUUGUGCUAAAUGAGUUGAACUGGACGGAGGCACUGGAGGAUGUGUUUAAGAAGAACAGAGAGGAUGACCCCACUCUGCUCUGGCAGGUGUUUGGUAGUGCUACUGGACUGGCCCGAUACUACCCAGCCUCCCCAUGGAUGGAUGCUCGUAAAACCCCCACCAAGAUUGACCUCUACGAUGUGCGCAGGAGACCGUGGUACAUUCAGGGAGCUGCUUCACCUAAGGACAUGCUGAUCCUCGUGGAUGCGAGUGGCAGUGUGUCUGGUCUCACUCUGAAGCUCAUCAGGACCUCCGUCAGUGAGAUGCUUGAGACUCUGUCUGAUGAUGACUAUGUCAAUGUGGUCUAUUUCAACACCAGGGUGAAUAAUACUGCAUGUUUUGACCACCUGGUCCAGGCCAAUGUGAGGAAUAAGAAGAUCCUGAAGGAUGCUAUUCAGAACAUCUUAGCUAAAGGCAUCACCAACUACACCAAGGGAUUUGAGUUUGCCUUCGAACAGCUCUAUGCAACUAACAUUACCAGGGCCAACUGUAACAAGAUCAUCAUGCUGUUCACUGACGGAGGAGAGGAGAGGGCAUCGGCCAUACUGCAGAGAUACAACGCUGACAAGAAGGUGCGUAUCUUCACCUUCUCGGUGGGUCAACACAACUAUGAUAAAGGCCCGGUCCAGUGGAUGGCCUGCGCUAAUAAAGGUUACUUCUAUGAGAUUCCCUCUAUUGGAGCCAUACGCAUCAACACUCAGGAGUAUCUGGAUGUGCUGGGUAGACCCAUGGUUCUAGCUGACCAGCAGGCCAAGCAGGUCCAGUGGACUAAUGUCUAUCUUGACGCUCUGGAGCUCGGUCUGGUCAUCACAGGAACCCUACCAGUCUUCAACAAGACCAAGUAUAAAGAUGAAUGGGGAUUAGAGAUUCAGAACCAGCUCAUCCUGGGGGUCAUGGGGAUUGACGUGUCACUGGAUGACAUCAAGAAGCUCACGCCACGUUUCACGAUCGGACCUAAUGGAUAUUAUUUUGCCAUUGACCCAAAUGGAUAUGUACUGCUACACCCCAACCUUCAACCUAAGAAAAAGAUCCGCAACCGCAAGACAAGACUCAAUAAGCCAUAUGCCAUUACCUUUCAUGAGGAACCUGUCACUCUGGACUUCCUUGACGCCGAACUGGAGAACGACAUCAAAGUGCAGAUCAGGACAAUGAUGAUAGAUGGGACCCAAGGUGAAGAAACGAUCCACACUCUUGUUAAAACUCAGGAUGAGAGAUACAUCGACCGAGGAGUGAGGACGUACACCUGGGCGCAGGUUAAUGGAACGGACUACAGCUUGGCCCUGGUCUUGCCGACCUACAGUGAACACUACAUAGAAGCCAGUCUGGGAGACACGAUCAGUGAGGCCAUGGCACCAUGGGGUCAGAAGGCCUUGGACACUUUACAGGUCGAGAGGUUUGAUGAAUUAGGCCAUACCUUCAUCGCCCCCAGGGAUUACUGCAAAGGCCUGAGAAACAAUGACAACAACACCCAUUUCCUUGUGGACUUCAACAACUUUAUCACCAGGAACACAGUGGAAGAGGCCUGUAAUGUGACUCUGGUCAGCAGGCUGCUUUUGGAUGCUGGAUUGACUGCUGAUCUGGUCAAACUGUGGAAGGAGCAGACAUUGGCUGGGAUUCUGGCCAGGUUUGUAGCCACUGAUGGAGGGAUCACCAGAGUUUAUCCCAGAAGUGCUGGGGAGGAGUGGACAGAGAAUGCUGAGACAUAUGACUCGAGUUUCUACAAAAGGACUCUGGAUAACGAAAUCUAUAUAUUCACCGCUCCAUAUUUCAACAGGAGCAGGGAGUCAGGUUAUGAGUCAGGUAUUCUGGUGAGCAAAGCCGUCGACCUCAACAUAAAUGGAGUCAACCUGAAACCAGCUGUGGUGGGAGUCAAGCUGAAUGUCUCUGCCUGGAUGAAUAGCUUUAUGAAUGCCACCAUCAAAGUUAACUGCAAGGAUGAGAUCUGUGGCUGUCUGAAGAAUGAUAAGCACGUUGACUGUGUAAUCCUGGACGACGGAGGCUUCCUGCUCAUGUCCAAUCAGGAUGAAUAUAUUACUCAGAUAGGUCAGUUUUUUGGGGAGGUGGAUCCGCCACUGAUGACCAGUCUGGUCAACACAUCUCUGUACUCCUUCAACAAGACCUAUGACUACCAGUCAGUCUGUGACCCUGAGAGAGACAGCAAGGCUGCUGCAGGACCACCAUCUGUCUACGUGCCUACCAUAGCAGACAUGUUGAGCAUAGGCUGGUGGGCCUCCACUGCUGCCUGGUCAAUAAUACAUCAGCUCUUCUAUAGUCUCAUCUUCCCCAGCUUCCUUGAGGCAGCGGACUCCGAUGAUGACAUGUCAGCUAACAUGUUUAAGGAGAGCUGUAUCACAGAGCAGACCCAGUACUUCUUCGAAAACGAAGAGAGGUCCUACUCAGGAGUCCUGGACUGUGGAAACUGCUCCAGGAUGUAUCGAGCUGAGAAGCUGGCCAACACUAAUCUGGUGUUUCUGAUCACUGAUGCCAAGUCCACCUGUCUGUCCUGCGACCCCAGACCACUACGACAGGCUGAACAACCAUCGCACGGUCCUGAUCCCUGUGAACUUGCUCAGAACCCAAGAUACAGGAAAGGACCGGACUUGUGUUUCGACAACAACGUAGACGAUGAGCCCCUGUGUCCAAUCAGCGGUGUCUCUGGUCUGAGUCCAGCCUCCGCCCUUCUGUUGCUGCAGGUGUUGAUGCUGGGCCCAGGGAGGAUGAUUCUGACUGUGGGGGCGGGACAUCUCUAAGCCCCUCCCUAUGGCCCAUGCUGGGGCUUCAACUACUGCUGCUGUGGGUCUUCACUGGGCCCCGACACUCAUGACCCCUACACACACAAUCACCCAGACAGUAUUUUACAUUGGACUGUUUUCUGAUGCUCCAUCCUCUGAACGUCAUCACAGAUGUUUUAACUCACUGCCAGUAUGGAAGUCACUCACCUGUUCUCCAGUUAUUCUCCAAUGCCAAAAGGGUGAUCUCUCAUCCCUCUUUUCUCUACCAUGUUUUAAUUGACUGAGACAUUUUCUUUUGUCUAGCGCUACGGUAAGCACUAACCAAACCCUUUAAUUCGUAUCAUGUAUUUAUUUGUAUGUUUUGGUUUGAGUGUGAGGGAGGUUGAGUGGCUGUCCUUUCAUGCCAACAUAACUUGUUUCACUGACAGCAAAUGAUUUGUGUAGGCCUAGUUUUUGUUGCUUAUAAUAUGUAUUAUAUAAAAUAAAAAGAUAUUUAUAAGACAGCCAAACAUGUAACCUAUAUGGAAUGCAAAGUUAUCUAUAUUUCAGAUGUUUUAAAUUGUCCAGGUCAACCAGAAGAGAACUAAAGAACACUAUGACACCAAAGCUCCUUAGAGGAAUGGGGAUAUUUGACCCAUGAUUGUUCUUUCUCUGAUAACACGCAGGAUUAAACCAGCGGAAAGGGUGGGUUAAGUUGACCAAUGUUUUACAUUCAGCAUCACUACUCAAGAGAAAUACAUUGUUCUUUUGAAAAUAGAUUUUUUUUUUUUUUUGACUUAGGGAAACAGAGGGGGAGGAGUCAGGCGGGAGAACAGUAGAAAGAGCACUUGGGUUGAUCUCUGUUCCCUGGUGGGGAGCUGUAUAUGUAACUUAUGCCGGGUAGUGUUACAACUACACCGCGUCUCUGCACAAAAUAUAGUAUAUCUACAUACAUCCCUGGAAAUAAUCAGAAUUAAUGUUAAUGUAACAGUUGAAAAGAAUCAUUGUACAAAAAAGGUGCUCCCUUGGCUCAGCGUGCCCCGGGUGUGGACCAAAGCAUGGGGAAGCUGAGCCACCCAGCAUGCUUGUGCUGUUGACCUCUGACCAUGGUUGAUGUAGCUUCUGUGUCAAAGUUGAAUUCAGAGAAUAAGGGUGUGGUCAACUGUAUAGCUUACAUGUAUGCGUACAUUCAAAUCAGCAGUCUUACUCCGUUCAAAUUCACAUACUGUUUCCUCCCAUUUCUUGACUGGUAAUUUACAUUUAAUUCAUUAAGCAGACCGGUUGAUAUUGUCUAUUCGACCAUGUGCCUAUUCUUUGGCAGGUUAGCUACAUUUGGUCAACUACUAAGGUCAUAUUACUUGUCUGCACGAUUCUUGAUGUUUGUCCAGGACAAACUCCAUGGGCCUCAUUCACCAAUUUUCUUAACUUAAGGUCCUAAGAAAAGUCUUCAUCAGAUGCAUGAUGUGUUCUUAACCUGUAGAAUUGUUCACACCUAUGUUCUUGUAAUGAUGAAUCCCAUUGUUCUCAUGAAUUGAAUGCAUGUGCCAGUUGUUCCUAAUUAGGCCCACCAAUCCCCAUGAAAGUGUAUGAUUCUGCAGAGCUGUGUGCACACAUACAGUUGAGUCUCAAAUUGCAUACUUGCAUAUUAUACAGUAUGCCAGAUUAGUAUGCCCCAAAUUAUAUUAUGCUGAAAAUAGUAUGCCAAAUGUUCCUGGAUGGUGUACUAUUUCUGGUGAAUUUACAAAGUAUGCUUUUGUGCAUGUUUUCUGGGGUAAUAUAGACCACAAGCCUUUGCGCAGUAAAAGAGGGGGUGGUGUCCACGAUUCUCUCGUAUUUCCACUUGAUGAAAAAGUCAG